GCAAGCGCCGUCCAUGGUUUCCAGGUCUGUCUCCUCGAUUCCUAGCGACCGAUCGUCGGCGCCAGGGCCAGCGCCAGCGCCCUAGCCGAUGGAUUUCGACGUCUCCCUCUCGCAAGCUGCUAGAUCCAAGCUUUUCGACAAGAGAGCGACCAGAUGAUUGGCGAUGGGCAGGAAUCUCAGCCCGGGAUUGACAAUGCAGCACCUCUAGAGCGCCAGAAAGGUUCCAAGAGUCUUUAGCGUAGCAAUGCAGCGUCUCUAGAGAGGGGGAAAAGCUCCAAAGGCUCCAUUCUAGCGCUGUGAUCUAUGGGGAACUGUCUGGGCGGUGGUGAUGAGAAGAAGCAAUCAGCGAGGCAAGCGCUGGUGGCCAACGUUCUCGGGCAGCCUCACAAGGACAUCAAGCAGCAGUACACGAUUGGAAGGGAGCUGGGACGAGGACAGUUUGGAGUGACUUAUCUUUGCACCGACAAGAAGAGCGCUCAACAGUUUGCCGUCAAGACCAUCUCCAAGCGCAAGCUGAUGAACAAGGACGAUGUGGACGACGUCAAGAGGGAGGUUCAGAUCAUGAAACACUUGACAGGGAAGGAUAACAUCGUGGAGCUCUACAGCACUUUCGAGGACAAGUCCACCGUCUACUUGGUGAUGGAGCUCUGCCAGGGAGGAGAGCUCUUCGACAGGAUAGUCUCCAAGGGCCACUACACCGAGAAGGCUGCUUCGGCGGUGUGCCGGACGAUUGUCAAGGUGGUGCACACUUGUCACUCGCACGGAGUGAUCCACCGAGAUCUCAAGCCCGAGAAUUUCUUGCUGGCCAACAAGCGAGAGGAUGCUCCCGUCAAGGCGACGGACUUCGGCCUCUCGGUGUUUUUCAGAUCUGGGCAGGUUUUUAGAGAGAUUGUAGGCAGCGCUUAUUACGUAGCACCCGAAGUUUUGAAGAAGAGUUACGGUCCCGAGGCUGAUGUUUGGAGCGCUGGUGUUAUUCUCUACGUUCUCUUGGCUGGAGUUCCUCCGUUUUGGGCAGAGACGGAGCAAGGAAUUUUCGAGGCUGUUUUGAGAGGGCACUUGGAUCUUAAUGGGAGUCCAUGGCCGACCAUCUCAGCGAGCGCCAAGGAUUUGGUAAGAAAGAUGCUGAAGCCGAAUCCCCGAGAGCGUUUGAGUGCUGCUGAUGUUCUUCAACAUCCGUGGAUAAAGGAAGACGGAGACGCGCCAGACAAGCUCAUUGAUGGCGAAGUCUUGUCCAGAAUGAAGAACUUCUCGGCCAUGAACAAGCUUAAGAAAGUCGCUCUCAAGAUCAUUUCUGAGAGUCUCUCCGAGGAGGAGAUCAUAAAGCUUAAGGACAUGUUCAAGCAAAUGGACACAGACAACAGUGGUACGAUCACAUUUGAAGAGCUGAAAGCUGGUCUUGCAAAACAAGGCUCCAACAUGAUCGAUGCUGAGAUCCGGCAGCUAAUGGAGGCUGCGGAUGUCGAUGGAAACGGGACAAUUGAUUACUUGGAAUUCAUUCAAGCGUCGAUGCAUCUAAACAAGAUGGACAGAGGCGACCACUUGCACGCAGCGUUUCAAAACAUCGACACUGAUGGCAGCGGGUACAUUACGAUGGAGGAACUGGAAGCCGCGCUAGUGAAGCAUGGACUCGGCGUGGAAGACGCGAAAGAUAUCAUCAAGGAAGUGGACACGGACAAUGAUGGGAGAAUAAACUACGACGAGUUUUGUGCGAUGAUGUUGAAGAGGAAUUCUCCUCCCGCUGGAGCAGGCCACAGGAGAAGCAUCAAUGAUCUUCCGGUUGGGAUAAAGAAAUAAAGAAACUCAAACCACAAGCUCCAAGAUCGAGCUUCAGUAGGCCACUCGGUUUUGGAGCUCCAAUGCCUCUUUGCAUUAUCCAAGUCCGAUCGAUGGACACGAUCAUGAAUCUCAUCACGUGUACAUUGUUUCUGCAAUUUCUAAGAUUCUUUCUACAAGAAUCAAAAACAACCUUGUCAUCAUAAUCA